AUGGACACUUCUGUUCUAACCCAAACUUCUUCUCAAUUAACAAACAAUACUAGUGAACUUCAUCUCGGAAGUUUUGGAAAAGUAAAACCAUACCAUAGCACCUCAGAUUUAUUUACUAGUUCUUCUAGUGACUUAGAAGAUCACCUAACAUUUUCUUCCAUUCCUUUAGAUUCAGAUUCCAUGUUAACAGAUAUACCAUCUUAUUCAAUCACAAAUCAUUCCUCAAAUAACAUUUCUUCUGUCAUUGCAAGUCCUGCACCUUCUUAUAUUGCGCACUUACCCUCAAAAUUAAAAUCGUUAUUUAAACUAAAUAAUGCUAAUCAUAAAAAAGAGCCUUCAAUUGAUCAAAUAAAUGGUGAAAAUGCAAAUAGCUCUUCGAAUAAAAAUAGAGAAUUGGGCUCUUCAGCAUCACUAUCAUCAAUUAUUUCAAAUGGAAGUGAAAAAAGUAUUUUAAAUAGUUCAAGUGGUAAUGUUACUAUUCAGAAUAGUCCUUUAAAAACUACUGAAAAAAGUAAAACUAUUGGACCUUGGUUUUUAAAAGACUCUUACAAUAAUCAAAAAUUAAGAAGAGUUGCUUCUGCGCCAAAUACAAAAUCUGUAAAUGAAAAUUUUAAUAAUAGUCAGCAACAAAAUCAAAAAAUUGGUGUAAAUGAUUACAAUAAUGUAAAACUAUCAGUACCAGAGAACUCUAAUAGCACUGAAUCUCAUAAUAAUAUACCAUUAUCAGAGAUGAAACGUUCAGGAACUUUUAAGCGUACUUACUCUUCAAAUUCUAUAAAGGUUAAAAGAGUUGAAGUUGGACCAAAUAGUUUUCAAAAAAUUAAAUUAUUGGGAAAGGGUGAUGUUGGAAAAGUUUACCUGGUGAAAGAAAAAAAAACCAGUAAACUUUUUGCCAUGAAAGAAAUGAUUAAGCGUAACAAAAUUAAGCGUGCUCUAGCUGAACAGGAAAUUUUGGCUACAUCAAAUCACCCUUUCAUUGUUACAUUGUAUCACUCUUUUCAAAGUGAAGAUUAUUUGUAUUUAUGUAUGGAAUAUUGCAUGGGAGGUGAAUUCUUCAGAGCUUUGCAAAUGAGACCAGGAAAAUGUCUUUCAGAAGAGGAUGCAAAAUUUUAUGCUGCAGAGGUUAUUGCUGCAUUAGAAUAUUUACAUUUGAUGGGAUUUAUUUAUAGAGAUUUGAAGCCUGAAAAUAUAUUAUUGCAUCAAUCAGGACACAUUAUGUUAUCAGAUUUUGACUUAUCGAAACAAUCACAUCCAGCAAAUAUGCCAGGAAUUGUAAAAAAUGGCCCAGGGAAUUUACCUCCUACAAUAGAUACAAAAUCAUGUAUAGCUAAUCUUAGAACAAAUUCAUUUGUUGGAACAGAAGAAUAUAUUGCACCAGAAGUGAUUAAGGGUUGUGGUCAUACAAGUGCUGUUGAUUGGUGGACAUUAGGAAUUUUAAUAUAUGAGAUGCUGUAUGGAUUUACACCUUUCAAGGGCCAAAAUAGAAAUACAACAUUUUCAAAUAUAUUAAGAAAUGAAGUAUAUUUUCCCGAAAUUGGUGGUGUUCAAGAUGAACACAAACGACUUGGAUCAAAAGCUGGUGCAUCAGAUGUUAAAGCUCAUCAAUUUUUUAAGAAUACUCAGUGGGCUUUAUUAAGACAUGCUAAACCACCAAUUAUUCCUCAGCUAAGCAAUGGAACAGAUGCUGUUAACUUUAGGAAUAUACAAGAAAGUGUCAGUUUAGAUAUGGAGGGUGAAAAAAUUAUUGUGGAAAUUAAUGGUGAUAACCCAUUUGAAGAGUUUAACAGUGGUAAAUAUCAUUAA